AUGGAGAAACCACCUGAAGACUAUCUCAAGUUUAUUAUGGUGUGGGUCCAAAUGAGAAACAUUCCGGUGAACCAUUAUACCCUUGAAACCAUUGAGGCAUUGGGGGAGUUUGCUGGCCAUGUGGUUGAGGUUCCUUUCGACCCGGAGAAGGCACAGGUCAAAGAUUAUGUAAGAGUACUAGUUCGUUUUGACGUCUCAAAGCCACUGAGAAGAUCAAAAAAACUUACUUUACCUGGAGGGGAGGUUGUCAACAUUUUGUAUGAUUAUGAACGCAUCCAAAAGAGAUGUUACACUUGUCAAAGAUUAACGCAUGAGCAAUCAAUGUGCCCUUGGCGUAAAGUUGAUAAGGAGGCUACGGUGGGAGCUUCCUGCUCUUCGGGGGAAAGCAAGAAUACUGAAGUGCUGAACUCGCUUGAGGAAUCUGACCCGCUCUUUGGAGUCCUCUCUAGCAAACACCUCGGUCUUGAACCUGUUUCAGGUCGGCCCAAGAUUGCAAAGGAGGUUAUGGAUGGUAUGAGACAGUACCUGCAGGUUGAUGAGGGGCCAGAAAAGAUGGCGAGAGUAGAAAGAGUCAAGAAAUCCCUUGAGGAUUUGGAGAAUGAUCCUUUAGGGCAGAAAGUCUUUCUUCGGUUGGAAUCAGCUCCGAUCCUGUCCUCAUCUCUUGAUAAAGGAAAAGGUGCAGUUUUUGACUUCAGCUCUCAAGCGGAGCCUCAACCAAGACAAGAAAAGCUUAUGGCUAGCGCUAUUGCGGCGGGCUCCAAGAUCCUUCAGUCUGGAAAGGUGGUUGCUCCUGAUCCGGCUGCUAAGGAGUAUGAGGUCUAUGCUCAGUCCGGUUUUCUUGUGCAGGGUUCAACGGGUUAUAGUGUAGGUAUCUCUGAUACUAGCAUUUCCGGGACUCUUCUAAAGAAACCUAAACAGCGUAAAAGACCUGGAACCUAUUCGAGGAAAGCAACAGGGAAAAGGGUUGUGAAAGCUGCGGUUGGAGGUAUCGUACGGGUGGGAGAAGGAGUGAUCUCAGACGGCAAGAGAAAAGCACAUGAUGAUGUCGAGCCAUCUAAAAGCUCUGCAAGGUUUAAGAAACCAUUGGUGGUCCCGAGUGAGGGACCGUCCAAUAUUUAA